AUGGCACCAUUCAAGGUAGUGAUUGUGGGUGGAAGUGUCGCCGGGUUAGCACUUGCAAACAUGCUAGAGCGAUGCGACAUCGACUAUGUACUUCUUGAGAAAUAUAAAGUCAUUGGCCCGGAUCUUGGAGCUUGUCUGGGUCUUCAACCAAAUGGACUGCGUAUCAUGGAUCAACUCGGUUGCUACCAAGAACUUCUGAAGGUCAGCUCGCGGCUGAACUAUUUCGAUAUAUACGAUGGAUCCGGUCAAGUCAUCAACAGAAUAGUUCACUGGCCCCCUAGGUUCAUGGAUGCAGAGCUGGGAUACACGCUUCAAAGCCAAGACCGAAAGCAAGUGAUCAGCGUCUUGCUCGACAACCUGCGCGACAAGUCGAAGGUACAUACCUCACAAGGAGUUGUGAAAAUCCAUUCAUCAGAAGAUGGUGUGAAGGUCGAAACGGUAGACGGGUCGAUGUUUGAGGGUGAUAUUGUCGUGGGUGCAGACGGUAUUCACAGCCGUGUUCUGGAUGAGAUGCAGCGUUUGGCUGAGAUUGGUAUACCGGGUAGCAAGCUCUUCACACGAGACGAAUUCGAGUGCACAUACCGUUGCAUAUUUUGCAUUGGGCCCACACCUGAAGGCGUGCGAGACGACCAGGCCUUCAGAACAUGUUAUAAGGGUCGGAGUUACUUGUGUUUAGGUGGUAAAAAUCGAAAAUUUUACUUUUGUCUCUUCGAGAAAGUUGAAAAGACGCGAGGAUCAUCAAUACCACGAUAUACCAGGGAAGAGUGUGAUGCACUUGCUGCUAAGUAUUCAAAUGAUAUCCUGAUUCCUGGCCUCACCUUUGGCGACUUGUACAAAAAGAAGGCGUCUCAAACGCUGCUUCCAGUCCAAGAAGGGCUUCUCCAGAAGUGUUUUUAUGAAAGAAUCGUCUUGGUGGGCGAUUCAUUCCACAAGAGCAAUCCACUUCUGGGCCAAGGAGGAAAUAAUUGUCUGGUAUCCGCCGCUACUCUGGCAAACAAACUACAAUCCAUCACCAGAGGUGACUUCAAGCCCGAUAUGACUCGCAUUGAGCAAGUUUUCCAGCAAUACCAGGAAACUCGGAAGCCUGAAACUUCUAUGAUCGUUUCAAUGGGUCAUACGAUGCAGCAAAUGGAUGCACAAGAGAAUCAAAUUCUGAAGUUUAUCUCUACAAAGAUUGUACCGCGAUUACCGAUUACCAACCUCAUGAAUGGUAUCGUUCAACCCCAUGUCUCAACUCGGAUACUAGAUUAUCUACCACCCCCAUCUUCUUCGGGUAGUAUGAUCCUCUCACAGGAAGAGAUUCAAAUCAAACCUGGUACCAGAUCAAAUAUCAGUAACGCAGUAUGGUCGAUGCUCUUCAUAUUCCCGAUGCUUAUAUUCAAUGGAGGUUUCCGGUAUGGGGAUGGGCAGACAUUCCCUACUUCGGGGAGCAAGUUACCUUUCCAGCUGAACAGCGAGGCUGCCGAGCAACUGUACUUUCAUGUUGCUGUAACCGGCAUUUUGAGCAUCAUGGUGGUUGAAUCAUAUCGCGGAACAUAUACCAUGAAGCUUCUAAACAGGUAUGAAGCUUCAAACCCCGCGAUAUCUCCCAAGUUUGUGUGA